AUGCCUGCGAACUCUCUUCCCGAUCCAGCUCUGGUCCUUCUUUAUCUCUGCAUCACGAACUCUGAUAUGACCAAGGAAAUCAAGAAGUCACUAAUGGCUCGCCUUCAGAUCGACUUUGAAGCCGUCGGUGCCGCAGUCGGGCUCAAAGCCAGUGCCGCGCGCAUGCGCUGGCAGCGCCUGAAGAACAAGAUCGAGAGCGGCUUCCCUGAUGGGAAGGUCACUAUGAGUGCUGGCGCUGGUGAUGCCAACGCCGAUGCUGACCUCAAUGAAGAUCAGGCCCAGCAGGAUGGAAAAGUAGCUGGUGAUGCUGGACCUGUGACCCCUUCUCCUUCAAAGAAGAGAAAGGUGGGGGCCGCGAAGGAUAAGGAGACUCACAAGAGGACUACUCCAAAGAGUACACCGAAGGGCAAGGGCAAGGGCAAGGGAAAGGUUGCGCAGGCUGAGUGUGAUGUUGUAGAAGCAGGGGGUGAGGGUUUUUUCGUUCAUGUCAAGAGCGAGGAUAUGGAUGAUCAGUAUUGA